UGGGAAUGCAUGAUGCAGCAUUCCUGGUUCAGAAUACCACCUUGGCGUAGCGUUGCUUUACUCAGUCCCUUCCCUUUUUGGUUCAACUAGGCGUCCUGUCAUCAACCCUCCGAUCACACCGUGAUCAAGCUGUCGAUGAAUAAGCGCCCCUGGUACGGUCGCCCAUAGAGGCAUAGGCUCCAAAUAGUUUGACGCUUAUCGGCUGACGGGCUUGCGGUUUGAGUUUUAUGGCAUCUCGCGGUUACCUGCUAAUUCACAGCGGUGGUUGAAAGAGUAGGCUGGCUGGCAGUCUUCCCCGGUCCCCCUGAUCGGAGAGUCAGCGCCCCCCCCUUCUGGUUCCCUGUCUUACACACCAACAACUAUCUAUACCACCUCAACCUAUCUAUUCAAAGAGGUAAAACCAACAUCCCCAGCUGUCACUCCACCUCUGGCCAUUUCUUGCCUUGAACCACUUACAGAAUCUCAAAGACUCCCCUGCCCAUCAUGAUCGCACAGCCAGUGCAACUCAUUCUAGUGUUCAUCUCACUCCUCCCUCUCGCGCUCGCUAGAACGACGCAAGUUGUGAUCAACACCUCAUGGAACAGCCCUGCGGUGCCCGGCGGCCCACCCUUCGCGGUGCCCGAUUGCCCAAACGAGGGACCCUUUAUCCUGCAAGAUUAUGCCGAUGCCCUUGACCUCGCCAAAAGCGCUCGCGACGUCUUGACUAACGACUUCCGCUUCAUCUGGAGUCGGAGGUGGUACGAGAAGCUGUUCACCGAUAAGAAGCGCUCUACAUAUGUUGUUCCUGACCGGUUGAGCAUCCGAGGCACUGGACUUCCCGACGAGAUCAUCUUCCACUGCGAUCCCGGCUGGCGCGACGCGCUUUACUCUCGUCGAUCGGCCUCGGAGCUGUACGACAUUGGCAAGCCAUGGUCGGGCUGUGGCGCAGGCACGCAAGCCAUCACCACCAGGAUCCGCAGCGGGGACUUCCCGCCGGACCCGGACGGUGACUUCGGCCCCAACGGCGCGUUCCGGACCGGAACGCACAUCACGCUGUGCCCGCAGUUCUUCGACCUCAAGCCGCUGGGCGAGAUCGCACCCAUCACGGCCGGCGUGCGCAUCGACGACCGCAUCAACCGCGGCAUGGUCAUUCUGCACGAGUUGAUGCACGCUUACAGCCGGGGGAUCAGAGGUGAGGGUUAUUUAUGCACACGGGAAUAA